UACGAGUUGCGGUCUUUCGAACCCUAGCCUUCGCUAGGCGUCUUCGGUUAACCAGCACAUAUUCAGGACAUUGAAUUCGGAGAGAGCUUGUGGACUGACUGCAUUAAAAAAAUACGAUGCAUGCUUAUUUUAUUUGCUGAGUAAUUAAAUGUAACGUUGAUGGCAUUGUCACUUAGGCCUAGUUAUUGUUUUUUGUUGUGUGUGUGUAGGGCUAUACUUGUCUUAGAGGAGAUUUGUAUAUGCGUAUAAAUGGCUAAAUGCACAUUAAUAAUUUAUUUUUCAGUUAUGUUUUCCGCUGUAUUUUCAAUUUCAGACAUUUUGCUUGGGUCGCUUUGUCGUUUUUCAAAAUAACCCAAUGGAGGUUUUAACACUGAGCAUUAAUGUAAUCCGAUAUGAAUGAGAUGUUAAGGCUUUAGAUGACCAUGCUUAGAUUUAAGUCUGUCUGCAAACCCCCGCCACAAUGGUACAGUCAGAAGUUCACUUGGACCACCAUAUAGCGCUGCCUCAACUCCCCAGAUACCAGGCACAGAUUCUUGUUGGCCUGGUUGCUUUCUUUUGUUUUGGCAAUAGCUAUGAUGGCGACUUUGUCUUUGAUGAUUCUGAAGCUAUUGUCAAUAACAAGGACCUGAAGCCAGAAACGCCACUGAAUAGCAUUUGGGGAAAUGAUUUUUGGGGAAGUAACCUAAGCAGCAAUACCAGCCACAAGUCAUACCGACCGCUAACUGUACUUACCUUUAGAUUUAACUACCUCUUAGGUGGUGGAUUACACCCAGUUGGAUUUCAUGUGCUGAACAUUGCCCUUCACUGUGUUAUUUCUGCAUUAAUGAUUAAUGUGUUUGCAAUAUUGAUUGGUGGCCUGGCUUAUGAUGGAAAGGGAAAAAGGCUUAACCUGGCUCCCAAGGCAUCCUUUCUGGCUGCUUUGCUCUUCGCUGUGCAUCCAGUUCACACAGAAAGUGUUGCUGGGAUUGUUGGCAGAGCAGAUCUCUUAUCUGCCCUUUUCUUUCAGUUGUCCUUAAUCAGCUAUUGUAAAGCUUUUUAUGGAAGUAAUAAAGAAGACAAGUUUUCAAUACCAUGGAUACUUUUAAGCAUUCUAUGGUGUGCAGUGGCCAUGCUUUGCAAAGAGCAGGGCAUCACAGUGUUGGGUGUAAAUGCUUCAAUUGAUAUUCUUAUGAUCUGUAAAGUCAACAUCAUCGAACUGAGCCAGAGGCUGCUUCAUAAAGGCAAACCAUCAGAAAAUAAUAAAUUAUUAAAAAGAGGAUUCCUCACAAGAAUGGGACUUCUAACACUUGGAGGAUCAAGCCUGCUGUAUAUCAGGUGGAGGAUCAUGGGUACUGGACCCCCUGCCUUUACUGAAGUAGAUAACCCAGCCUCCUUUGCAGACAGUAUACUUGAGCGAACUGUGAACUAUAAUUACUACUACUCUCUGAAUGCAUGGCUGCUGCUGUGUCCCUGGUGGCUGUGUUUUGAUUGGUCAAUGGGCUGUGUACCACUUAUUAAAUCAGUCGGUGACUGCAGAAUAAUCUCGUUGGUGGUUCUCUGGAUCUGCUUGAUUGGCUUAAUAAGACAAGCUUUAUGCUCAGAGGACAGCCAUAAAAGAAGAACGAUCACAUUUGGACUUGUACUGCUGGUCAUCCCCUUUCUUCCUGCAAGCAACUUGUUUUUCCGUGUGGGGUUUGUUAUAGCGGAGCGAGUCCUUUACCUUUCAAGCGCAGGAUACUGUAUAAUUGUUACACAUGGAAUCAGCGGUUUGUGCUACCAGUUCAAGAACUACAAGAAAGUCCUGUGUGCUGGAGUCCUGGCUCUCUUAUGUGUGAAUGUGAUUCGCUGCAUUCUUCGCAGUAGCCAGUGGAGGUCUGAAGAGCAGCUGUUCAAAAGUGCUCUCUCUGUGUGUCCCCUUAAUGCGAAAGUUCAUUACAAUGUUGGCAAAAACCUAGCAGACCAGGGCAAUCAAACAUCUGCAAUCAAAUACUACAGAGAAGCUGUGAGGUUAAAUCCUCAGUAUGUUCAUGCGAUGAACAAUCUCGGAAACAUCUUAAAAGAAAGGAAUGAGUUGCUUGAAGCUGAGCAAUUGCUCUCCAGAGCUGUGCAAAUACAGCCUGACUUUGCUGCUGCCUGGAUGAAUCUGGGCAUUGUACAAAACAGCUUAAAAAAGUUUGAGGAAGCUGAAAACAGCUACUGGAAUGCGAUCAAAUUCAGAAAAAAAUAUCCUGACUGCUACUACAAUCUUGGGCGCCUAUAUGCAGACUUGAACCGGCAUGUGGAUGCUCUCAAUGCUUGGAGAAAUGCAACAGUUCUGAAACCUGAUCACAGUCUAGCUUGGAACAACAUGGUUAUACUCUUAGAUAAUACAGGUAACUUAGCCCAAGCUGAGAUGAUUGGCAAGGAAUCCUUAAAACUACUUCCUAAGGAUCACACCAUCAUGUUUUCCUUAGCCAACGUGCUUGGGAAAUUGCAGAAAUACAAGGAGUCUGAAGGUUUGUUUCUUACUGCACUGAAAAUCAACCCCCAUAUAGCCAGUUACCACGGUAAUUUAGCUGUGCUCUACCAUCGCUGGGGAAAACUUGACUUGGCCAAGAAACACUAUGAGCUCUCUUUAAAACUUGACCCUAUGGCACCAGGGACCAAAGAGAACUACAACAUGCUAAGACGCAAACUGGAACAGCUGCAGAAGGGCAAUGCUUGAUAACACAAUCCCACACAACUAAUGCAUGACGCAAAUACUUCAUUUGAGCUUUUUUACUGUCUGUGAAGUUGUCAUUCUUAAAGAGAACAAUAAAAGAAAAAAAUAUAACGCUUAAAAUUAUGUCUACUUAAAUUCCACAGCUGUAUUGAAUGAUGAAUGACAAUAAAAACAGGAACAAAACUCCUUACAUUGUCUCUGUAGCUACUUUGUAACAAUCCACACAUAAGCCACACGUGCCUUUAUUUCAUUAAUGGGGUUAUAAAGUUUGUUGGGGAGAGAAACAAAUCAUUUUCACCAUGUAUUGCACACAGAUAAAAAUUUUAAGAAAUUAAUUGGGAUGUUCUUUAAAUCUUUGAGAGUUUAAAAUUAUUUAUUUGGGGUUUUUAAAAAUGAGGAACAGAAGUUCUCUGAUUUGCUAUUGUAAUUCUCCAUCUAAGUCACACUAACAGCUAACUCACUGGUCAAUAUGGGACCAGUCAGUGUUUAGAACAUUAUAUCUGAUCAAAACAAAAGAUCCAUGAAAUGUAUCAAAUUUGAAACACAUCCAUAUUGAUAACGUGUUGUACUAUUUCUUGUUAUUAAAUGCAAGCACAAUUUGAUCGACAACUUGAUUAUG